CCCCUGACCCGUGCCCUGCCCGCUGCCCAGCUGGUGGGGGUGCUGCUGGUGGCCGUGGCGGGCUGGGCGCGGGGCCUGGCCGGGGGCUCCAGCCCCCCCCUGCUCGGAGGAGCCUUCGCCGUCGGAGUCUUCCUCCUGCUGAUCGCGGGGCUGGGGCUGCUCGGGGCCCUGCGGCACCACCAGGUCCUGCUCUUCUUCUACGUGCUGAUCCUGGGCCUGGUGUUCCUGUGCCAGCUGGGCGUGUCCUGCGCCUGCCUCGCCCUGGGCCGCGAGGCUCAGAGGUGCCAGUUCCCCCCGGGGGGGGCCCCCCCGUGCCCCCCCUGUGCCCCCCAGCUGCUGCAGCACUCGGACCAGGCCCUCAAGAUCCUGGGGGGGGUGGGGCUGUUCUUCAGCUUCACCGAGGUUUUGGGGGUCUGGCUCGCCCUGCGCUUCCGGAACCAGCGCGACCCCCGCGCCAACCCCGGCGCCUUCCUAUAGCGGGGGGGCCCGGGGGGGGCCCAGAGCCCCCCCAGUGCUGACCAGCUGCCCCCCGCAGCCGCAUGAAGCACUGGGGACAAGGACACGCCCCCCAAAAUCAUGGGGUGACCCCCCCGGCAGGGCUG